CUGGAAAUUGCUCAACUUCAAAAUGAGUUACCCUGUCACACAUAUUCAUUCUGUUGCUGCAUUCUAUUCAUUCAGAUCUCUUCAUCCGAAGCCGAUGUCUUCCGAAAGCUUUAUCGCCAAUUUUUAGAAGAAACUCAUUUUAUUGAUUGGAACAGUUGGAAAUUUAUUGCCGACGAUGUGCAACGUAAUCACGCAGAUUUGCCGGAAUUUGAGAGUACAAGGGAAGAUGUACUUGAUCGCCUUGUGGUGGUAAAAUUGAACGGUGGCCUUGGUACGACAAUGGGCUGUGAUGGACCAAAAUCUUUCAUCAAGGUUAAGGAAAACCUGUCAUUUUUGGAUAUCGCAAAGAAGCAGCAUGAGAUUUUCAACAAAACUCAUGGUUCCAACGUCCCACUCCUCCUCAUGAACUCAUUCUACACAGAAGAACAGACCAAAAGAGAGUUAGGACCAGAUAGCUUCGUGCAAACAUUCUGCCAGUCGCAAUGUCCCCGAAUUUGGGCGGACAGCCUGCUCCCAGUCGAAGGUCGCGAUAUUAUGUUUGUGUCCAACAUUGACAAUACUGGAGCCACCUUGGAUCUGCAAAUUGCACAGUUUGCAUGUGAUGAAAAUGUCGACUACAUUAUGGAAUGCACAGAAAAGACAAAAAACGAUAUCAAGGGAGGUACACUGAUAGACAUAGAUGGCCAGCUGAUGCAUUUGGAGAUCCCACAAGUACCACCAGAGCACUUGAACGAAUUCUCCUCAACACGCACUUUCAAAAUCUUCAACACAAACAACAUUUGGGUAAAUUUGCAAGCGGUCAAGCAACGUUUGGACACAAUAAGCAGUGAAAUCAUUGUGAAUCAGAAGGUCGGUGUCCAUGUUGGUCGGAACAGAUUUCUGCCAGUGAAGAAGUCUGACGAUCUCUUGGCAAUAUCCGCGAAUCUUUACACUCUAACCCCAGAGUUUUCCCUGAGAUUAAAUAGGAAUCGUCCGGCUCCUACAGUGAAUUUGGGAAAGUACUUCCAGAAUGUGAGCUGAAA